ACCCUGAAGGAGCAUCUGGACGAGAGCAGACGCAUCUGAAGGGAUGAGCUCCGGCAUGGCUGGCGCCAACACGGAGCAACCCGCUGGCACAAGGCGGAACAGGACGAGCGAGGCCGGCCCCGCAGCGAGGCGUGCCUCCAGAGCGACAGACACCAACACCGAAGAGCGAGUUGCCGUCUGGGAUGCGGUGGCCGCCUACGUACAGGAGCACCUCCUGGUGCAGAAGGGGGUCUGGAUUCCCACCUUCGGCUCAUUCGACACCAUCUCUAAAGACAUCAGGACUGCGGACGGGACCGUGACUCUGCGGUGGCCCGUGUUUCAGCUGGCCAGGAACCUCAGAGCCAUGCACCACCUCGGGUCCGACAAGGACUCCCUGCCAGCCCAUAGGGAGGUGGAGACCCUGAAAUACAGCGAGGUGGCUGCCGCUGCCUCUGUGACCUGGCAGAGAGGGAAGACCUGCAUCCAAAGCACCGUGUCCCUCCUCUCCAACUGCCUCAAGAAUGGGGAGAACGUUGCCUUUGUCCUGAAAGACAUAGGAGUGCUCCUCUUUGAAGGCAUGAGCUUUGGAAUUAAAUACUAUUACGACUUCCUUGAGAAGCUCUCCGGGAAGGAGAAAUUCAGAAAAGUUGUUUUCAAGGCCCCCUGGCUGCUGGACACGCUGGUGUCCCGGGUGGCACCGGUGGCCUCCCUGACGCACUCUGGCCACCUCGUCGUCUUCCCCAUGUGAGUAUGUUUGUGGCUGCAGCCGCUGCUUGAUGCAGCUGCUCAGCUCUCAUUCUGUAGUGCUUGUUCCUUGUGUCCAUGGCUGUCCUGCCCGUGACGAUAUGGCACAGAAUCACAGAAUCAUUUGAGCCUGAAGCAACCCUGAAAGGGCACCUAGUCCCACGAUCCUGCAAGGAACAGGGACACCUACCGCCAGAUGAGGUUGCUCUGAGCCUGGUGCAGCCUGACCUCAAACGACUGUCGGGGCAGCCACCACCUCUCUGGGCAAGACGUUCCGGUGCCUCACCACCCUCCUGCCAAAAACUUCUUCCGUACAUCCAAUCUCAAUCCUCCCUCUUUCCCUUUGAAACUAUUUCCCCUUGCCCUACCCCAAGGGACCCUGCUAAGGACUCCAGAAAGUAGUGGCCUUAACGCAGCAGGAAAAUGUGCUGUGAGCAGACAUCACAGCCAGCAAAAAGGAUUGGCGGAGCACUGCGUCACGCCGGUGUCUGCUCUUUCUGCACAGGUUUCAGAAGCAGGUUGC